ACCAAAUUUAGCUGCUUCUGUUGAACAUUGAAAACACACUCCUCUGUUUUCCACCUGAAACAUCAAGAACACUUAAAAACGAACCAUCCAGAAGAAAGAAGAAAUUCAGCAGCAAAAAUGAGCGCGAUCGUGAAGCUCGUGGAUUUCCCGCUGUUCUUGGUCUUCUUCGUGGUCGCGCUGGCGGCGCCGCUUCUCGACGCGCAGACGUGUCUCCCUGCCUCCUAUUUCCCGGAGGCGUUGAUCAAUUUUAAGGAGUGGUACCGCCAGCAGUACGGCGAUUACCUGUUCUCCGAGAAGCCCAAUUUCUUCGUCGGCACGGUCUGGCUCGAGCUCGUCUUCCAGUGGCCGCUCGCCCUCCUCAACCUCUACGCCAUUCUGAGUGGCAAGCCCUGGUUCAACACCUCUUGCUUGAUCUAUGGCGUCUCCAUCACUUCCUCCAUGAAGACAUUCAGAAGCAAAAUGGGCGCGUUCGUGAAGGUCGUGGAUUUCCUGCUGUUCUUGGUCUUCCUCGUGGUCGCGGUGGCGGUGCCGCUGCUCGGCGCGCAGACGUGUCUCCCUGCCUCCUAUUUCCCGGAGGCGUUGAUCAAUUUUAAGGAGUGGUACCGCCACGAGUACGGCGACUACCUCUUCUCCGAGAAGCCCAAUUUCUUCGUUGGCACGGUCUGGCUCGAGCUCUUCUUCCAGUGGCCGCUCGCCCUCCUCAACAUCUACGCCAUUCUGUGCGGGAAGCCCUGGUUCAACACCUCUUGCUUGAUCUAUGGCGUCUCCAUCACUUCCUCCAUGGUAGUGCCUGUUUUAUCAGAAUUGAUCCUGUCUGGGAAAGCAUCCGAUGAGCUGCUGAUGCUGUACGCUCCUUUCCUGGGCGUCGGUGUAGUAGCCAUGCUUCGAGGCUUUGUGCCACACUCUGCGAAGAGUGGUUCUGGAGUCGGGAAGAGAACUGCCUUCGGUAGGAAAAAGAGGGUUUGAGGAAGGAUGUCUGUGUCAACCAAUUUUUCUAGUCCUGCUCUUUUUCUACGUUUCAGUGACGAUCAGUUUGUUCAUUUUUACUCUUUUCUCUAGUUGACCAUAUGGUAGGAUUCUUGUGAGUUUUGUGCCUGUUCUUGGAGCUUCCUUGGGUUGUUGAGUACUUGAGUGUGUAGUGCAGUUGUUAUUCUUUAACCAGGGUUACGUUCUUGGUAUCAGUUUGGAUUCCUGUCUAGUGCUUUACUCGGUUGUGAUUAGCUAGGUUCGCUCUCGGGGUGGGCAUGAGUGCAGUCGAACGGCUUCAGAAUCACACCGAACUGCAAUUGCGGGCGAACCACAUUGCCUCACGAAGCAUGUCGUCUGCCUUGCAGUCUGUGUUUUAAGCGGUUCGCGAUUUUUGGCUGAACCAAACUGUUGCGGUUCACAACCUAUUUCCAACUAUCAUUUCCAGUUUCCCAAUCUCUCUCAAAUGAUCCACGCCGCCUUCCCCAUCUUCCCAAUGCCUUUCAUCAUUAUUCGCUGAGUUAGCUACUUGAUCAUCUUGUUAGAUUUUCUGUUUACUUUUACUCCCCGCCAUAUGGGUCAUUAUGUGGGAAUUGGGUUUAGCUUGAUUGGAUUUUGAAGCUUUCUUUGACUUUUGUGGCACAAUUUUGAGGUUUCUCAAGUUCAGUGGAAUAUCAAG